UUCCUGAACCUGGUGGUUCUGCGUUUCAUGACCAUGAACGCUGAGGACGAACGUCGCGACGCCGAACAGCGUACGUUGCUGUCCCGAAACAGGCAGACCGGCAGCACUGGAACCAACCAUUGCAUGUCCGACCCGCCGUCUUCAUCCACUGCGGGCCAUGGAGGAGGGUCCGGGAAAGGGUUGUGUAACGUCUACGCCGAAGUACUGCAUUUCCAGUCCAUGUGCUCUUGUCUCUGGUACAAAAGCCAGGAGAAGAUGCGCUACUCGAUUCCCAUGAUUAUCUCUCACGAUCUGUCCAAUUCAGACACCUACAUGGAGCACAGCGAGACCUCCGACGCCCUCCACUCCAACGGCUGCGUGUGCAGUGCCUUGCAGGAGCACUCGGCCACCAGUUCAGUGUACACGGGCCUGCUCAGCCCAGCACAUUACCAAAGACUCUCCAAACGCCGCAGCUCCAUCUAGAGGGCUGGAGGA